UGAGUUGUGUGUUCUGUCCCAGGCUGAAGUGAGUGGCACUGCUCUUCUGGAGAGCACACAGUCAGCUCAACGGACGAGAGUCUCACAGUAGAGCUCCAGCAUACGAGCUAAUCAGCCUCAUUUCUGCCUGUCCCAUUCAGAACAGUUCACAGAAGGGAAAUACCAGGGAGAUAAUGACCUAAGAGUUGUCUUUUUGUUAUUUGAGAUUCCAUAGAAAGACUGUGGAAUACAGCAUUCUGAAUCCUGUAUUCCAGAGCUGUCUACUCCUUUCCUUUUGUGGACAAUGGGGAAGAGCCGGUUGUUAUUGUAUGCCCUCUGGGGUGUCAUGGUUUUUGGCCUAUUCCAAAAACUUGAAGCUCAGGAUGCCCCUGCGCCAGCCGACCUUGUACUCUUAAUUGACGGAUCAGAGAGCGUUGGAGCUGCCAACUUCCCCCUCAUCAGUGAUUUGGCUGUCCAAGUGAUUGAGGGGCUUGCCGUGGGGAGGGAUGCAAUCCGUGUUGCCCUCAUGCUUUAUGGUGCCGACCCUGACAUUCAGUUCUAUCUCAAUAGCUUUGACAACAAAGAAAAUGUCCUCAGUGCUAUUCGGGGGCUUAAGUACCCUGGCAGUUAUGAGGCAAAUCUGGGGGCCGCUUUGCAGGAGGUGGCAGACAGGCUAUUGGGCCAAGAUGCAGGAGGCAGGGCUGAGGAAGGGGUACCCCAGGUGCUGGUGGUGAUCAGUACUAGGGAGUCCACUGAUGAUGUCAGUCAGGGCGAGAGGGCCCUAAAGCAGGCCAGUGUGUACACCUUUGGCAUUGCUGUGGGUGAUUCAGCUACUGCCCAACUGGAAACUAUUGCUACAGACAAAAGUUUUGUUCUGUCUGCUCCUGAUGUCAGAACAGUGGCAAGCGAGGGUGACCAGAUACUGCAAUACAUUAAUGGGGUCGCCCAGCGCACCAUUGUGAUUCAAACUGAUUUCACAGAAGCUUUGACUGUUGGGAAGAGAGAUAUUGUUUUCCUCAUUGACAGUAGCAUGGGCACCAUCGUAAUCAAUGCAGUGCGAGAAUUCAUCAAAAAGUUUAUUGACACCAUGCCAAUUGGUCCUGAUCAGGUGCAGGUCGGAGUGGCCAUGUUUUCCACCACCCCAAGAAUGGAUAUCAACCUCAACUCAUUCAGUUCAAAGGAGUCACUAAUCUCUGCCCUCGCAAAAAUAAAACCCAAACCUUCGACUGAAGUCAACAUUGGUGCUGCCUUGGAAUUUGUGAGGACCAACAUGCUCACAGCUGAGAGUGGGAGCCGCAUUCAAGAUCAAGUGCCACAGCUUGUGUUGCUCCUGACCAGUAAAAAAUCCAAAGACAGUGUCCAACAACCAGCUGAUGCCCUUCGUCAAAUGGGUGUUCUGACUUUGGCUGCAGGCUCCAGGGCUGCCGAUGAGGCUGAGCUCAGGCAAAUAGCUUUUGAUGACAGUGUGGUUUUCAUGCUGAAGGACUUCAGGAUGUUGCAGCGCAACCCCAGUGUAAUUGUCUCCCCUCUCUCUACAUUGUCUGGUAUUGUUGUAACAGAGGGUCCAACUGACACAGGCACAAUUGUGGAUGUUACUACGGUUCACACCCAAAGAGUUGUCCGAGACAUUGUCUUCUUGGUGGAUGGAUCUAACUAUGUUGGAAAUAACCAGCAACCUGUGCUGGACUUCAUUACCGAAGUGGUGAAAAGACUAGAUGUUCGACCUGAGCGAGUGCGCAUUGGACUAAUGCAGUUUGCUGAAAGGCAGCAUACAGAGUUUUAUCUGAAAACUUACAACACCAAACAGGGCGUGCUCUCUGCCAUUGCUCGGAUGAGAUUGAUGGGAGGACGUGCAUUGAACACUGGUGCAGCCCUACAGUAUGCCCUAGCCAACCACUUCCAGCCCUCUGCUGGGUCUCGUAGAAAAGAGAGGAUCCAGCAGGUACUGGUUUUAAUUACAGGAGGACCAUCUCAAGAUGAGGUCAAGAGGAUUGCAGACAGUGUAGCUUUAGCGGGCGUUUUGACCUUUGCUGUUGGAGCUGGCCAAGUGGAGGAAAGUUUCCUGAAAACUGUUGCUUUUGUUAAAGAUUUGGCAUACUAUAGAAGAAAUUUUGCUGACUUGUCAGGUGUUGUUGAUGAAAUUAUGACACCACUGGUCACUGUUGUUGGGGAGACUGAUACUCCAGUAAUAGAAAUACCAAGUCCCUCUAUUGGAGAAAGGGAUGUUGCAUUCUUGAUUGAUGGCUCUGAUGAUGUGAGAAGUGACUUUCCCUAUAUCCGUGACUUCAUUUCCAAAGUCAUUGAGCCUCUGGAUAUAGGCUUUGAUAAAGUACGAGUUUCUGUGGUCCAGCAUAGUGAGAGACCAAGUCCUAACUUCUACCUGAACACUUACCGAACCAAAGAUGAGGUGCUGAGAGCUGUAAGUGGCCUCACUCUGGCAGGUGGCAGAAGUUUAAAUACUGGAAUUGCCUUGACUUUCAUGAAAAACACUAUCUUGUCACGAACAAAUGGUGGUCGAGCCGGUGAAAAUGUUCCCCAAUUUUUGAUAGUUUUGACUGGGGGGAGAUCAAGAGACAGUGUCGGAGAACCUGCAGUUGCCCUAAAGACUGAGGGAGUUGUUCCUUUUGGUGUUGGAGUGAAAAAUGCAGACCCUAAACAGAUUGAAGCCAUCUCUCACAAUCCAUCAUUUGCUUUCAAUGUGAAGGAAUUCAGCCAGCUCAGCACUGUUCAGGAAAGGCUCAAGAACUAUGUGAACCUUCCAGAUCAAGAACUGAAGGCCUUUCUAGAGGAAGGAAUUAACAAACGGGAUAUAGUUUUUCUCCUUGAUGGCUCCGAUGACUCCAAAAAUGGAUUUCUUGCCAUCCGUGAGUUUAUUCGGAGAAUGACAGAGGAUCUUGACAUUGACCAGGACAUUGUUCGAGUUGCUGUAAUACAGUACAGCGAAGAUGCUUUGACUCAUUUCCUACUUAAUACUUACAGUAGUAAGAAAGCUGUAAUUUAUGCCAUUAAUGGCCUUACAGCAAAAGGUGGAAGAAAUCUAAAUACUGGGGCAGCACUACAGUAUGUCAGGGACAAUGUUUUCACUGCUGCUUCUGGAAGUAGACAUCAGCUAGGAGUACCUCAGCUGUUGAUUGUUAUGACUGGUGGAGGGUCCGUUGAUGAUGUGGCAGGUCCAGCUGAAGAUCUCAAAAAUAUUGGAGUUCUGUCCAUUGCCAUUGGAAUAAAGAAUGCUGUAAAGGCAGAGCUCCAAAGCAUAGCAUUUUCACCUAGAUUUAUUUUUAAUCUUCCAGCCUUUGGUGAGCUUUUAAAUAUACAGCCUGAUAUACUCUCCUUUAUCAAAUCCAAAAUGGGAAUAGACCCCCCUACUAUCAUCGUUGAAUUGGAUGCAGCUCAAAGAGACAUUGUCUUUAUUCUGGAUGGGUCUGAUGACACCAGGGAUGCAUUUAAACAAAUGUGUCAGUUUGUUCAAAGAGUGGUGGACAAACUCAAUAUUGGGCCAAACAGAGACAGAGUGUCUGUAGUUCAAUACAGCAGAGAGCCACAGGUCCAUUUUUACCUCAACACACAUGCCACAAAGCAAGACAUUCUCAAUUCAAUUGAGAGUGUGAAACACCAGGGAGGAAGUCCCCUCAACACAGGAAGAGCCCUUGACUAUACCAAAAAGAACAUAUUCAUUGCCUCUUCUGGGAGCAGAAUCCUAGAGGGGGCUCCUCAGGUGCUUGUGCUUGUGACUGGAGGAAGGUCUCAGGAUGAUGUUAGAGCUCCAGCCUCUGCUCUGAAAAAGGAUCAAAUUGUAACAUUCAGUAUUGGCAAUCAAAAUGCAGAUGUUAUUCAACUCCAGGAAAUUUCAUAUACUCCUGGUCAUACCCUUACUGUUCCUCAGUUUGAUGACCUUCAAACCAUUGAACAGAAACUUGUAUCAUAUGUAAAAAGAGUUCCUCGUCAACCCAGGAGGCUUCCACAAACUACAGAUGCUGGAAAGAGAGAUGUUGUGUUUUUAAUCGAUGGCACUGAUGAAACAAAGGAAAGUUUCUCAGGAAUGCAGAACUUUGUUCAGACCCUGGUUCAGAAACUGAAUGUGGCACCAAAUAAAGAUCGUGUUUCAGUGGUCCAGUACAGUGAUGAUGCAGCCUUUGAUUUCCUUUUGAAUACAUAUUCAUCAUCAGAUGAUGUUAUAAAUAAUGUGAAACAUUUAAUUCAUAAAGGAGGAAGGCUGCGCCACACUGGGGCAGCCCUACAAUAUGUUAAGGACAACCUAUUUACUGCUGCUGCCGGGAGUAGACUUUUGGAGGGUGUGCCACAGGUUCUAAUUCUAUUGAACUCUGGAAGGUCCAACGACGAGAUACGUGGUCCAGUCAAAGCUUUGAAAGACACUGGUGUUAUUUCGUUUAGUAUUGGUACUACAAAUGCUGAUACGCUUGAGUUACAAACAAUAUCCCAUCAGCCAAACUACUUUUUCAUUUCUGAUUUUGAGAGCAUUCUUGAUGUUCAAGAGAAUAUUUUAGCAUUAAUAAACAGGCUAUCUAACCAACGGCUACCAACAAUGACACCUCAGGUCUCUGAAUUUGUCAAAAGGGAUGUUGCAUUUCUUAUUGAUGGAUCUGAUGAUUCUAAAAUUGGUUUUGAGGGAAUUCGCAAUUUUAUCCAGAGGAUAGUUGAGAGUCUAAAUGUGGAGGAAGAUCUUGAUAGGGUGGCGGUUGUUCAGUACAGUCGGGAUCCCACAGCUAAUUUUUAUCUCAGCUCAUACUCAACCAAAAAAGAGGUACUUAAUUCCAUACGAUCUAUGAGGCACAAAAGUGGAAGGCCACUGAAUACUGGAGCUGCUCUACUGUUUAUUAAAGAAAAUAUUUUUACACAAUCCUCUGGGAGCAGACGUCAUGAGGGUGUCCCUCAGAUUCUGUACUUAUUUAGUGGUGGUAGAUCUGGUGAUGAUGUCAGAACCAUUUCACAAAGUUUAAGAGAAAACAACAUAAAAGUCAUUACAAUUGGCACAAGUAAUUCUGAUACACUUGAGUUACAGACAAUGUCUACAAUACCAGCGUAUGCUUUCUCUGUUCCUGACUUCACCUCCAUCAACAGCAUUGUCCAAAAAGUUGCCUCUAUUUUGACAAGUGGUGAUGAAAUUCCUGAGCAAUUUCCAACUCCUGGGGGCCAGACUCUGGAUGCAGGAAGAAAUAUUGUGUUUCUUAUUGAUGGAUCAGAUGAUGCUAGUGAUAAAUUCACAGCUAUACGAGAAUUUGUGGCCAGUUUGGCAGAGACAUUUGAUGUUGGUAAAGAAAAAGAUCAAAUUGCUGUUGUGCAGUUCAGUAAUACUGCAGCAAUAAGCUUUAAUCUCAAUACAUACUCAUCCACUUCUGAGGUGGCAGAUGCUGUUCGCAACCUAAAACCAAAAGGGGGAAGGCCGCAAUAUAUUGGCCAGGCUUUGCAGUUUGUUAGAGACAGUAUUUUUACCCCUAGUGUUAGAAGUCGGCAAAUAGGCCGUGUUAGCCAAAAUCUUGUACUUGUGGCUGGUGGCAGAUCAAGAGAUUCUCCUCGUGGACCAGCUAACGCACUAAAGAGUAUGGGAGUAGCCAUUUUUGCCAUUGGGUCAAGGCUGACAGAUCCUAUUGAAAUGGAAGCCAUUUCUUCGAAGACAGAUUAUGCCAUUGCUGUUUCUGAUUUUCAUGAUUUAAAAAAUGUACACCAAAGCCUCAUGACAAAACUUAUGGGUGGGAGACAAAAAGGAGACCGAGAAGUUGAUGGCACAGGAUUUAAAAGGGAUAUUGCUUUUCUUGUGGAUGGUUCGGACAGUACAAGAAGAGGAUUUCCAGAAAUACGUGAUUUUCUGUACAAUAUUAUCACAAAUCUCAAUGUGGGAAUUAAUAAUGAUAGAAUCUCAAUAAUUCAAUACAGCAAUGUUGCUGUAAAAAAUUUUUAUUUGAAUUCAUUCUUAAGAAAGGAAGAUGUAUUGAAUGCAGUAAAAGUGCUUAGCCAUAAAGGUGGAAGGCCCUUAAACACAGGUUCUGCCCUUCUAUAUGUAAAGGAAAAUAUCUUUAUAAGUGCCUCAGGAAGCAGGCACAAAGAAGGCAUCCCUCAAAUAUUAAUUCUGCUGACCAGUGGAAAAUCAAGGGAAAGCAUUUCUGAAGCAGCCUCUGCUCUAAAAAAAAGUGGGGUAUUAAUAAUAUAUGGAAUAGGAGGAAAGCACUCAGACUCUUAUGAAUUACAUACAGUUUCUUCUGAAAAUAAAGUGCUUUCAUUGGCUGACUUCAGUGAAUUACCAAAAAUCCAGACACAGCUAUUAGAAGCAAUAAAAGCCAUUCCAAGUUACAACAAAAAGGAAUUCAUAGCUCAGAGUGAAAGACAGAGAAAAGAUGUUGUCUUCCUGCUGGAUGGAUCGGAUGGCACUAGGAAUGGGUUCCCAGCAAUGAAAGAGUUUGUGCAAAGAAUGGUGGAGCGAUUGGACAUAGCUGAGAACAGAGAUCGCAUUUCUGUAGUCCAGUACAGCAGAGAAGCAGAGGUCCAUUUCUAUCUUAACACACACACGACAAAGGAAGACAUUCUCGACGGUGUCAGAGGUCUGAAGCAUAAAGGAGGCAGACCCCUCUACACAGGGGCAGGUCUCCAGUAUGUCAGAGACAAUGUCUUUACUGCCUCCUCUGGCAGCAGGCGACUGGAGGGUGUGCCGCAGAUAUUGGUUUUUCUUAGUGGGGGAAGGUCAUCUGACAGUGUUGAUGCAGCAGCCUCCUCUCUGAAAGAGCUUGGCGUUUUGACCUAUGGAAUAGGAUCGAGGGGCUCUGAUAGCAGAGAACUGCAGAGAAUUUCAUACGCCCCCAGUUAUGCUCUGUCCGUGUCCGACUUCAGUGAGCUCCCAAAUGUCCAAGAGCAGCUGCUGGCCUCUGUCCAGGAUGUUGCAAUGCCCGUCACUCCAACUUCCCCGACUCUGACCGCUGAUGACGCCAUACCCAGAAAGGACGUAGUGUUCCUGCUGGACGCAUCAGAUGGCACUAGAAAUACUUUCCCAGCGAUGCGUGACUUUGUGCAAAGAUUAGUGGAGCAAUUCAACAUAGAUGCAAACAGAGACCGUGUUUCCGUGGUGCAGUACAGUAGAGACGCAGAGGUCAAUUUCUAUCUGAAUACCUACACAACAAAGGGGGAGAUCUUGAACUCUGUCAGAGGUCUGAGGCAUAGAGGUGGGAGACCCCUCAACACUGGGGCAGCUCUCCAGUACGUGAGGGACAAUGUCUUCACUGCCUCUGCGGGGAGUAGAAAGCAAGUGGGUGUCCCUCAGAUUCUCAUCCUCCUCAGUGGAGGACGGUCAAGCGAUAACAUAGAUACACCUGCCUCCGCCUUGAAACAGGGCGGGAUCUUGGUUUUUGGCGUCGGCACCAGAAAUUCCAGCAGAGAGGUGCAGAGAAUUGCCAAUGAUCCUACCUAUGCACAGUCCAUCAAUGAAUUCUCUGACCUUCCCAGUGUCCAACAGCAGUUUAUCAGCUCCCUCAACAACGUGCUUGGUCAAGUCAAGCCGAUGACAACUACUGUCCCGGCUGAGAGAAAGAGGGAUGUAGUGUUCCUGCUGGAUGGUUCAGAUGGCACUAGGAGCUCUUUCCCUGCGAUGCGUGACUUUGUUGAGAGGAUGGUGGAGAGACUCAAUGUGUCUGAGAACAGAGACCGUAUGUCCGUGGUCCAGUACAGCAGAGAUCCAGAGGCCCAUUUCUAUCUUAACACAUACUCAGGAAAGGAGGACAUACUUGACACGGUCAGGGGUCUGAGGCACAAAGGAGGCAGACCCCUCAACACGGGGGCAGCUCUGCAGUACGUAAGGGACAAUGUAUUCACUGCCUCCUCUGGAAGCAGAAGUGUAGAAGGUGUGCCCCAGUUACUGAUUCUGCUGAGUGGUGGAAGGUCAUCUGAUAAUGUUGACACGCCGGCCUCAUCCCUGAAGGAGCUGGGAGUGCUUAUCUUUGGGAUAGGGUCAAGGAGCUCAGACAGCAGGGAACUCCAGAGGAUCCCCCAUGAGCCUAGUUAUGCACUCUCAGUAAGUGACUUUGCUGACCUUCCCAGUGUCCAACAGCAGAUUUUCAGCAACAUUGACACAGUAUUUGUAGAGGGCACGUCUACCACUCCCACGACGAUAGUUGAGGGACGUAGGCAGAGGAGAGAUGUUGUCUUCCUGCUGGAUGGAUCGGAUGGCACUAGGAAUGGUUUCCCAGCAAUGAAAGAGUUUGUGCAAAGAAUGGUGGAGCGAUUGGACAUAGCUGAGAACAGAGAUCGCGUUUCUGUGGUCCAAUACAGCAGAGACCCGGAGGUCCAUUUCUAUCUUAACACAUACAUGACAAAGGAAGACAUUCUCGACGGUGUCAGAGGUCUGAAGCAUAAAGGAGGCAGACCCCUCUACACAGGGGCAGGUCUCCAGUACGUCAGAGACAAUGUCUUUACUGCCUCCUCUGGCAGCAGGCGACUGGAGGGUGUGCCGCAGAUAUUGGUUUUUCUUAGUGGGGGAAGGUCAUCCGACAGUGUUGAUGCAGCAGCCUCCUCUCUGAAAGAGCUUGGCGUUUUGACCUAUGGAAUAGGAUCGAGGGGCUCUGAUAGCAGAGAAUUGCAGAGAAUUUCAUUCGACCCCAGUUAUGUUCUGACCGUGUCCGACUUCAGUGAGCUUCCAAAAGUCCAAGAGCAGCUUCUGGCCUCUGUCCAGGCUGUUCCAAUUCCCAUCACUCCAACUUCACCACCUGUCACCGCUGUUUACACCACACCCAGAAAGGAUGUAGUGUUUCUUCUGGACGGUUCAGACGGCAAUAGGAAUUCUUUCCCAGCCAUGCGUGACUUUGUGCAAAGAGUAGUGGAGCAAUUCAACAUAGAGGCCAACAGAGACCGUGUUUCUGUGGUGCAGUACAGUAGAGACGCUGAGGUCCAUUUCUAUCUGAACAGCUACACGACAAAGGAAGACGUUCUUGACCGUGUCAGAGGCCUGAGACACAAAGGAGGCAGACCCCUCAACACGGGGGCAGCUCUCCAGUACGUCAGAGACAAUGUCUUUACUGCCUCUUCCGGCAGCAGGCGGCUGGAGGGGGUGCCGCAGAUACUGAUCCUGCUUAGCGGGGGAAGGUCAUUUGACAGUGUCGAUACAGCAGCCUCCUCUCUGAAAGAGCUUGGCGUUUUGACCUAUGGAAUAGGAUCGAGGGGCUCUGAUAGCAGAGAACUGCAGAGAAUUUCAUACGCCCCCAGUUAUGCUCUGUCCGUGUCCGACUUCAGUGAGCUCCCAAAUGUCCAAGAGCAGCUGCUGGCCUCUGUCCAGGAUGUUGCAAUGCCCGUCACUCCAACUUCCCCGACUCUGACCGCUGAUGACGCCAUACCCAGAAAGGACGUAGUGUUCCUGCUGGACGCAUCAGAUGGCACUAGAAAUACUUUCCCAGCGAUGCGUGACUUUGUGCAAAGAUUAGUGGAGCAAUUCAACAUAGAUGCAAACAGAGACCGUGUUUCCGUGGUGCAGUACAGUAGAGACGCAGAGGUCAAUUUCUAUCUGAAUACCUACACAACAAAGGGGGAGAUCUUGAACUCUGUCAGAGGUCUGAGGCAUAGAGGUGGGAGACCCCUCAACACUGGGGCAGCUCUCCAGUACGUGAGGGACAAUGUCUUCACUGCCUCUGCGGGGAGUAGAAAGCAAGUGGGUGUCCCUCAGAUUCUCAUCCUCCUCAGUGGAGGACGGUCAAGCGAUAACAUAGAUACACCUGCCUCCGCCUUGAAACAGGGCGGGAUCUUGGUUUUUGGCGUCGGCACCAGAAAUUCCAGCAGAGAGGUGCAGAGAAUUGCCAAUGAUCCUACCUAUGCACAGUCCAUCAAUGAAUUCUCUGACCUUCCCAGUGUCCAACAGCAGUUUAUCAGCUCCCUCAACAACGUGCUUGGUCAAGUCAAGCCGAUGACAACUACUGUCCCGGCUGAGAGAAAGAGGGAUGUAGUGUUCCUGCUGGAUGGUUCAGAUGGCACUAGGAGCUCUUUCCCUGCGAUGCGUGACUUUGUUGAGAGGAUGGUGGAGAGACUCAAUGUGUCUGAGAACAGAGACCGUGUGUCCGUGGUCCAGUACAGCAGAGAUCCAGAGGCCCAUUUCUAUCUUAACACAUACUCAGGAAAGGAGGACAUACUUGACACGGUCAGGGGUCUGAGGCACAAAGGAGGCAGACCCCUCAACACGGGGGCAGCUCUGCAGUACGUAAGGGACAAUGUAUUCACUGCCUCCUCUGGAAGCAGAAGUGUAGAAGGUGUGCCCCAGUUACUGAUUCUGCUGAGUGGUGGAAGGUCAUCUGAUAAUGUUGACACGCCGGCCUCAUCCCUGAAGGAGCUGGGAGUGCUUAUCUUUGGGAUAGGGUCAAGGAGCUCAGACAGCAGGGAACUCCAGAGGAUCUCCCGCCUUUCACUCUCAUUGAUUGAGUCCCAAGGACCUAAGAAGGACAUCAUCUUUGUGAUUGAUGGCUCUGAAGGUGUUGGCAGAGAGUUCCCAAUUAUCCAGGAGUUCGUGCGCAGAGUUGUGGAGAACCUCAAUGUUGGCGAGAACAAGAUCCGAGUAGGCGUGGUGCAGUAUGGAGAUUCCCCGUAUGCAGACAUAUACCUCAACUCACACAGGACCAAAGAAGGUGUCCUAAAUGGCAUUAAGGAACUCCGACAACGAGGGGGGAGACAACGUAACCUUGGUCGGGCCAUUGACUAUGUUAAUCAUGAAGUUCUAGUUUCUGGACAUGGUGGAAGGAAACAGGAGGGAGUUCCACAAUUUGUUGUGGUGAUUUCAGGAGGAAAAGCAACAGACAAUAUAAGACCAUCUGCAACUGCACUGAAACAGUCAGGAGUCGUCCCUUUUAGCAUAGGAACAAGAGACGUGGACACUCAGGAAUUGCAGGUGACAUCCUAUGUCCCCAGAUUUGCCUACACAGUUGAUGACUUGCCUGGACUAUAUACAAUUCAGGACACACUCAUUACCUCCCUGACAGAGCUAUCUAGUGAGGAGUUAGCGAAAUUGCGCCCUGUAUACCCUCCAGAGACUGUAAUUCCAGUACCAGAACCAGUACCUCGUGGAGAUAAAAGGGAUGUUGUUUUCCUUAUUGAUGGCACAACAAGGAUGCGGAGUGAGUUCCCUGCCAUAAGAGACAUGGUUCAGCGAGUAGUGGAGAAGUUAAAUGUGGGUCUCGAUAAUGUGAGAGUCUCGGUUGUGCAGUACAGUGAUGAUCCCAAACUGGAGUUUCUUCUCAAUGAGCACUCCACCAAGGAGGAAGUUCGCCAGGCAAUACGAAGAAUGAGAAGCAAAGGUGGCAAUCAGCUUAACACUGGCCAAGCUCUGGAAUACGUUUCAAGGAAUAUUUAUCAAAGAUCAGCCGGAAGCCGUGUAGAAGAGGGUGUGCCCCAGUUUCUCAUCUUGGUAACAGGAGGAAAGUCAAAUGAUGAUGUGUCUGGCCCUGCUAACCAACUGAAGUCAAGCCGCAUUGCUCCCUUAGCAGUUGGAGCUCAUAAUGCUGAUGAAGAGGAGCUUAAAUUAAUUUCCUUUAGUCCAGAACUAGCAUACACCAUUAGAGACUUCCAGCAACUUCCAAGAGUGGAGCAAGAGCUUUUAACCAAAGUCAGGACCAUGACCAGUGAUGAAAUUUCGGCCCCCCCUACGCCUAGAGUCCCACUCAGUCUUGGAAGAAAGGACAUCAUCUUCCUCAUUGAUGGCUCUGAUAGUGUUGGACAAAUCGGUGUUGCUCACAUUCGUGACUUUAUCUUGAAAGUGGUUGGUCAGCUUGAUGUUCGACCUGACCAAGUCCGUGUGGCUCUUGUGCAGUAUGGUGAAAGGCCUAAAACUGAAUUCUCUUUGAACUCUCAUGACGACAAGCGAUCUGUCAUCUCUGCAAUUAAGAGAUUGCGUCAUAUGGGUGGACGCGGUGCUGAUCUAGCUGAGGCGAUAAAGUAUGUCAUUCGUAAUGAGCUCCAGGCAUCUGCUGGGGUCCGUCUAGAAGAGGCUUCCCAGCAUUUAGUUGUGCUAACUGGUGGAAGAUCAACCUCCGAUGUAUCUACUUAUGGCCCAAUUCUCAAAAGCUCUCACGUCAAUUGUAUAGGAAUUGGUGCAGAAAAUGCAGACCCAAGACAGCUGGCACAGAUUACUACCACUGCUGAUGACGUCCUGCAGGUGCCUGCUUUCCCAAAUCUUUCGAACAUACAGAACACGUUUAUAACCAGACUUAAUAGAACAAUUAAAAAGGAGAUUCCCACUCCCACUCCCACUGAUGAGCCAGGUCCUGUGCUUCCACAGGCCAAGGCUGCUGACAUUGUGUUUUUGGUUGAUGGCUCAAUUAAUCUUGGCAGGGACAAUUUUAAAGUGGUCAUGGAAUUCAUUCUUAAUUUAAUUGACCUUUUCUUCACUGAGAGAGACAAUCUUCAGAUUGGUCUAGCACAUUAUGCUACAGAUGUGACUAAUGUAUUCUACCUCAAUACUUUCAAAAAUAAGGAUGACAUUAUUAAUGCCAUAGCUCGAGCCGAGUACAAGGGAGGUCGGGAAAUUAAAACAGGCAAUGCCAUUCGCUAUGUUCAGGAAACACAAUUUGUCAAAGAAAGAGGCAGUCGGAAGGAUGCAGGAAUUCCACAGAUCCUGAUGGUAGUCACUGGUGGACGGUCAAGGGAUGACAGCAAAUCAGCGGCACUAGCUCUCAAAGCCAGUGGUGUGCGCAUCUAUGCUGUUGGGGUGGGUGAUAUUGAGGAUGAGCUCAAUAAUUUGGGCAGUGAAGCUACUACAGUGGCCCGAGCCAGCACCUUCCAAGAGCUCUCUGAACUGAAUGAGCAGAUUUUGGAAACACUGGAUGAUGAGGUGAAAGGAAUAGGACUGUGCACUGGAGAAAAGGUUGCCACAAGAGAAUGCAAGUUGGAUGUUCUUGUGGGGUUUGAUGUGGCUGCACAGAACAUCUUUGCUGCUCAGAAAACAUUAGAGACGAAGGUGGCUACUAUUCUCCAACGCAUUACCCAGAUGCAGGCCAUCAGCUGCACUUCAGGCCAGGUUCCCUCAAUACAAGUGGGCAUGCUAGCAAUGGACUCUGCAUCUGAACCUGUUCAACUAGACUUCACCAAGAGAUACACAGAGCUUAUUGAGCCCUUCAAGGCCCUCCGAAACCGUGGACCUUUUGUUCUAAAUGGUGCCACAAUCAAAGCUUAUGCUGAUAGAUUCAAGAGUCAGCCUUCAGACAGAGUCAAGGUGGUGAUCCACUUAACUGAUGGAUUAGAUGCCCAGUAUAACAUCCUGAAAGAGCGAGUUGAACUGAUGCGUUCAGUUGGUGUCAGUAGUUUCAUUCUUGUUGGCCUUGAGAGAGUGUCACGAUUUGAGGAUGCAGUUCUCUUGGAAUUUGGCCGUGGCUUUAGGUACACACGACCUCUGCGUGUCAACCUCAUGGACUUGGAUUAUGAACUUCUGGAAGAACUGGAUAACAUUGUUGAGCGGGAAUGCUGUUCUGUUCCAUGCAAGUGUAAUGGCCAGAGAGGGGACAGAGGAGGUGUUGGUGUUCCUGGACCAAAGGGUCAACCUGGUGGUCAAGGCUUGAGAGGACAUCCUGGUGAUGAAGGUGGUCCGGGAGAGAGAGGUCCACCUGGUGUAAAUGGAACUCAAGGAUUCCAAGGAUGUCCAGGUCAAAGAGGUGUUAAAGGAUCUCGAGGAUACAAUGGUGAAAAGGGUGAAAUUGGAGAGAUUGGUUUAGAUGGUAUCAAUGGAGAGGAGGGAACAAGUGGCAUUGCUGGCCCUCCAGGAGACAGAGGAAACCCUGGCGAAAGGGGACCUAAAGGGGCCAAAGGCCAGGCAGGAGAUGUUGGUCAGACUGGAAUCCGUGGUGAUCCCGGAAUUCCAGGAAGAGACAACAACCAGGAGGGACAAAAAGGUGAUCCAGGCGAUGCUGGCCCGCCGGGAGAGCCAGGAGUGGACGGAAAUAAAGGAGGACCUGGUGAAACAGGCAGACGGGGCCCUGAUGGUAGAAGGGGGCCUCCUGGUCAAGCGGGUGCUCCUGGAAGGCCAGGAAGUGAUGGUUUACCAGGAGAGACAGGCAUUGGAGGAUCUCGGGGUCCCGCUGGACCAAUUGGAGCACCUGGUUUAAGAGGAGAGGAUGGAAACCCUGGUCCAAGGGGGCCAGGAGGACUGCCAGGAACUGCUGGAGAAAAGGGUAGAAGAGGUGCCGUUGGCCGGAAGGGUGAACCAGGGGAGCCAGGACCUAAGGGUGUUGUUGGACCCCUGGGACCCCGUGGGGAGCCUGGUGAAGAUGGACGAGAUGGUUUUGGUAUACCUGGUCCCAAAGGACGAAAGGGUGAUGAAGGUUUCCCUGGUUUCCCUGGUCCAAAGGGUGAAGCAGGUGAUCCUGGUUCAAAGGGAGGACCUGGACCUAGAGGAAACAAUGGCCAGAGAGGUACCUCAGGGGAACCUGGUGGACCUGGACAAAAGGGAGAUACUGGAUACCCAGGGCCCUACGGUCUAAAAGGAGACAGAGGACCUGGUCCAGUGCAAUGUGAUCUGGUCAAGAAAAUUAGGGAUAACUGUCCCUGCUGCUAUGGUGCUCAGGAAUGUCCCCUAUACCCUACUGAGUUGGCCUUUGCCCUGGAUGCAUCAGAUGGUGUAUCACGCUCUGCUUUCAACAACAUGCGUGACACUGUUCUCCGCCUGGUCAGUGACAUCACUAUUGCUGAGAGCAACUGUCCCAGAGGUGCCCGUGUUGCUCUAGCACUCUACAACAAUGAGGUGACUACUGAGAUCCGCUUUGCAGAUACCCAGAAGAAGCGAUCACUUGUUGAGCGAGUUCAAGGCCUCCAGACUCAGCAGACCCGCAAGCAGCGCAGCUUGGAUACAGCCAUGAACUUUGUUGCACAGAACACAUUCAAGAGAGUUCGCAGUGGGUUCCUUGUGCGCAAGGUUGCUGUUUUCUUUGUCAACGGCCCUUAUACAGUCACUCAAGAAUUCAGUGCCGCUGCUUUGCGCCUCUAUGAUGCAGGAAUUUCCUCUGUAUUCCUUCUUAGCCGAGAAGAUCGCCUUCUCACAAGAGCCUUGCAGCUUAACAACACUGCUUUAGCCCAGAUUAUUAUCCUACCCUCACCUGGAAGUGCUGAAUACAACAAUGUCAUCAAGAAGAUCAUGACCUGCCAUAUCUGCCUAGAUUUCUGUGCACCGGAUCAGAUGUGUGGUUAUAUCCCAAUACGUGGAGUCCGGGACCGGAGGGAUCUCACAACUGACUUGGACAUCGACAUGGCCUUUGUUCUUGAUAGUUCAGAGAGCACCUGGCCCUCCGUCUUUACAGAGAUAAACCAAUAUGUGGCUCUAAUGACAGAACAGUUAGAGAUGUCCCCUGAGCCAGCCAGCAGUACCCAUCAUGCUCGAGUAGCACUUGUUCAGCAUGCACCUUAUGAAUACUUGCACAAUGGCAGUGGCAUUCCCAUCAGCGUGACCUUUGGUUUGACAGAUCACAAGUCACCACAUAGUGUUCGAAGCUUUCUACUGAAUAAGGUGCACCAGCUUGAAGGAGGACGGGCCCUUGCAGAUGCUCUUGAAGGCACUGUUGAACAUGUGUUUGAGAAGGCGCCACAUCCCCGCCAUUUGAAGGUAUUAGUUCUGUUGGUGACUGGACCAGUUGAACUGCAUGAGGAGAGGAUAAUAAGGGCUGCCACUGAAGUUAAAUGCAAACGAUACUUCAUAGUGGUGAUGGCAGUUGGAAAGUUGUUCAGUGCAGGUGAUGUCCGUGUCUUGGCCCAAGUGGCAAGCGAGCCUUCAGAUGUAUUCUUUAAGAGGGUGAACAGACCUUCAGGCUUCUAUGAUGACCAUAUUCAGACAUUUGCCAGACUGUUGCCCAAGUACCUUGGUCUUGAAAAUGCUUUCUACUUGUCACCUGAAGUCUCUAAGAAGUGUCAGCAGUAUCAAAGUGACCAGCCACACAAAUUCCCAUUCAGUUUGCCAAAAACAGAGGAGAAACGGCAAAAGCAUCAAGGACAGCAGGAGGUUCAUGACAGAAAACAUAAAGAAACAGGUAUGGAGAAAAUGCAUCUGGUUAACGUCACCUCCAGCGGAUUCUCCCUGCAGUGGUUGAGUGGCGAUUCGAAGGCCACCCAUGAGGUUACUGUGACUCGCCUGAAGGAUCAUAGUCUGGUGCUGAGUAAAAAUGUGACCGGCAGCCAUCUCUCCAUUUCUGAGUUGGAGGCAGCCGAAACCUAUCAUGUUGUGGUCAAUACUCACAGUGUCAAUGGUCAUGUUGCAAGCACCUACAAAGGCAUUGUUCCCACAAAAUCAGCACAUCUGAAGGUCCUUACUGUAAGUGACGUGAUGGGGGUUGUGCCCACUGCACCCUUGAGUAAACCAGAAACAAAAUCACCAGAACAAAAAAUACUUAAUGCCAGUGAAAUGAUAGGGAUGAUGUCUACUGCAUCCUUGAGUAAACCAGAAAUUAAAUCAGCAGAACAGGAGGUUCUUACUCUAAGUGAAGUGAUGGGGAUUGCACCCUCUGCACCCUUAAGUAAACCAGAAAUUAAAUCAGCAGAACAGAAGGUUCCUGUUCCAAGUGAAGUGAUAGGAAUUGUACCCUCAAGUAAAGCAGAAAUUAAAACGGCAGAACAGAAGGUUCCGAGUGAAGCAAUGGGGAUUGUGUCCUCUGCACCCUUAAGUAAACCAGAAAUAAUUAACAAUCUUAUGGACCCAUGUUCACUUGACUUUGACACUGGACUGCCAUGCAAAGAUUACCAAGCUAAGUGGUACUUUGACAGAAAGAAUGGAUUCUGUACACAGUUCUGGUAUGGAGGUUGUGGAGGAAAUGACAAUAGGUUUGAUACUGAGGCUGAUUGCCUCAAACGCUGCAUGAAGCCAGUGGCUGAACCUAAACCAAGUGAAGAGCAUGUCAAAGCUGUUCUCCCCCCAGCACCAGCUCCAGCUGCCCUGCGCUCCAGUGUGAAUAUCUGCAAGUUACCAAAAGAAGAGGGCUCCUGUGCUAAAUUUGUGCUUAAAUGGCAUUAUGACCCGCUUAAUGGAAACUGUACCCGCUUCUGGUACGGAGGAUGUGGAGGGAACCAGAAUCGCUUUGAUACACAAGAUGAGUGUGAGAAAGCUUGUGGAAAAGCAGCACCUGUUAAACAAGGGAUCAUAGCUGCAGUUAAAACAUAGGAAUAAAUGAAGAUUGUAAGCUAACCACUGACAACACUCAGAGGAUAUAGCACCUAAAACAAGAAGCAAAGCCACAGCCAAGAUGCCUGCACUGGAGCUUGCCAGAGGAUUGAUCCAAAGAAAACCUUGAAGUAGUAUUUUCCACAUCAGAAAAAAAAAAGAAAAAGCAGAACAAGAUUCUUUGUUUCGUGCUGGUGCUACAUUCAGUUUAUUAUUAUUAUUAUUGUUGUUGUUGUUUUAUUUUUCAUGUGUGUGUGGGAUGGAAUAAAACCCAUUGUAAAUGUCCAGGACAAUUUUUUGAAAAAAUGUAUGCUAUUUUAAUCAUGUGGUUUGCUUGUGGAAAUAUCUUGAUCAAAACAUAUCAGUAAAUCUUUGUAGUUAUGAGACAAGUUCAUGACAAUUUAGUUCCAUUUUCGUAAAUUUUGCUUAAUUACUACAGUCCCCUUAUUACAUGUUUUUUUUUUUUUAACUGCUUGAGAAGAAGAAUUUUAAUCGCUCUUUCUGGUCAUAUCGCUGGAGAUCUCCACUGACUCUAAAAUCUACAAACAAAUGUUAUUUUGAUACAAUGAACAUCAUCUGAAACCAAGAAAGUAAUUUCUUUAAAUAAAUAUGCAUUUUUGGAACCAUUGCCUUGCACACAAGUUUUGGUUUCAAAAAGCAAUUGGAAUGUAUUUUUUUAAACUAUGUUUUGGGGUGUUUUUUUUUUUUUUACUUUGUAUUUCACUUGGAAAUGGGCAGAUAUAAAUAAAUUACUCUUUCUAUAAAA